AUACCUUUCAACCUCUACCUCUUUUCUAUACUCUUCUUCUGCAAUAUUCUUCCUACAAACUCACUGUAAGUACACAUAUCUUUUGAUCUACUUCUUUGUCUUGUGUUUACUUCACUAACUCACCUUGAUAUUAGCAAAUGGCUCGUACCAAGCAAACUGCUAGGAGAUCAACUGGUGGCACAGCACCAAGGAUGCCACUUGGAUUACGGGCUGGCUCUGGGCUUGGUGGAAAGGGAAAGGAAAAGGCCGUGGGCACAGCAAGAAAAGCUCCAGUUCGCUCAUCUCAAGCUAGCAACAAUCAUGCUCAGAAGGCCAUGCGCCGCGCAAAGUCUGGUAAGAGGAUUACCAGAGGAUUACCAGAGGAUUACCAGAACUCUCUAAUCGCGCAUAUAUCGCGGAUUAGAAGGACGAUUGGGCAGAGGAGGAGGAUGCUGGGGGUGGUGAAUAUGGGGGUGAUUACGACAAGUGCAGUGGGGAGGGUGGCGGAUAAUAGGCAGGAGGAGGAGGUAGGUUCUGCGACGCCGUCGUGCUCGUGGGAGGAGCAGAGGGGGGUGAAGAGAAAGGUGGAUGCGUGUGGACAUGUUAUACCCGAGGAGGAGUUUGACGAGUUAAUUGAGCCGAAGGUCGAGUCGCCAGGGGACGAUGCAGCGUUGGCGCUAAUUGAGAACCAUCGGCGGUCGAUGGAAUUGAUGUUGCCAGUGGCAGUGAAGAGGCCGAGGGGGAGGCCGCGGAAACAUCCGAUUGUGCCGGAGUCGAUCAAUAGAAUUACGAAGGGGAGGUCGAAGACGGGGUGUAUUACAUGCCGGAAACGGAAGAAGAAGUGUGACGAGGCGAAGCCGAGAUGCAAUAAUUGCGAGAAGAACGCCGUGGUGUGCGAAGGCUACCCAGAGCCGGCCAUCUGGAAGUCGGGCAAGGAGAAGGCAGAGGAAGGCACAGCCGUCUGGUCAAAGGAUAUCUCGACCUUCGUGCUUGCCCAGUCGACCGCGCAGCUCAGCCGCGUGUGCAUCCCCAACAUCCAACUCCAACCUGUGAUCCACGGCGUCGACACGGCCGGCGACCGCAUCUUCUUCGAGCACUACGUGUUCCGUCUUAGCGCAGUAUUGACGGUUGAGGGCCCGCAGAAGAAUGCCUUCAAGGACAUGCUGCUUCCGAUGGCCGUCAAGCACCUCGGGCUGAUGCACUCGAUCCUAUCUCUAUCGAGUAGCAACCUCGACUACCAAAGCGAAUACGGGCGCGCGAUCCUGGCCAAGCACCCGGACGUCACAGAAAAUAGCCUCUGCGAGCGCGCGUUAUUCCACCAGGAAGAGGCCGUCAAGGAGUUUGUCCUCGACAUCGAGCGGCAGAACCCCGGCACGACAGAGAACGUCGUCCUCUCCGUUCGCUACGGUCAAAUGCUCUGCUUCGUCGUCAAGAGCCUAACAGAGGGCAAGACGACAGGAGAGCACCGCGUGCACCUACAAGCCUACCAGAAGCUCAUCCGCGAGACACACCCCGAAGACUCCCGGUUCAUGGAUUUCAUCAAGGAGUACUUCCAAUUCCACAUAUCGGUCGACGAGCUUGUCCACCGCCCUGCCUCCCUACCCCCCUCCUUCACCUCCUCCCCGACCCCCGACGACGACUCCUUCUUCUCCCUCCCUCCCGCUCUCUUCCAGCCCGAAGCGGAGUGCCUCAUGGGCGUCCAGGAUAACCUCUUCUACUUCAGCAAGGCUCUCCACGAUAUCAGAAGACAGCAACUCGAUACUAGCCUAAUUAUCCCAAAGCUCCCAUUCCAGUGUCUUGUUAGGGAAAUUGCAGAAGACUUCAAGUCCAAUCUUCGCUUCCAGCAAUCUGCUAUCCUAGCUCUUCAGGAAGCUGCUGAAUGCUUCCUCAUUCAAGAAUUUGAGAGUAUGAUGUUUAAGUAUAGUGACAGGGACAUACUAACAGUUAUAGUGAUAAACCUUCUCACUAUUCAUGCGAAGAGAGUGAAUUCAGGCAAAGGAUAUGAUAUUGGUUUGGCGUUUGCGGGAUAUGAUGUUUAAUCAUGGAGCUGUGGGCUUAAUUGAUGGAAAUGUGUCUCACCCAGGAAUGAAGGUCAGAUGAGUUCUGGCAACCUUCUGGUAACGUGGUACCUAAAGGCCAAAGGGUAUAGUGUGGAAUAGGACAUCAACAAUAUGGGAAUGGAG